UGCCUACCUAGGUAUUCGGUACCUCCCUUAACCACACACACCUCCCACAACACCAUUAUUUUAGGUACGAUACCUAUAACGGUAUCCAGUAUCCAGUAUCCAGUAUACAGCCUCUUUACAACGCGUGUCCUGUGCAUCAGCCUCCAUCUAUCAGUCGGUCCACGCAGCGCCCUUUGAGACUGGCCUUGAACGGGCUCGACAGGCUGUGAUUUCUCUUGCCAGUAUUUCUGCCAUCAACUGAGGCAACCAUGGUUCGCCACAGGGACACUCGCUCACCAUCGCCAACAGGAAGUCAGCACUCCUCAAAAAGACCUCGGAGAGACGAGGAUAUAAGGCGCCACCGCGACCGCAGAGAUGAUAUGCGAGGACCUCGGCGGCGGAGUCGCUCGCGGAGUCUAGAUGUAAGACCCUACCCACAGAACACUAUCACGAACACCCAUUAAACCAUUAUAUGAACAGCGCCGACACCGCGAUCGUGACUUACCGCGCCGGAGAGACCGCUCUCUGGAUCGAAGAGACGACGAUUAUUAUCGAAGUGGCAGACGGGACCGUUCUCGGGAUCGCAGGGACCGAUAUAGCGAGAGAGAACGGUCUCCAGACAGACGCCGUAGAAGAAGUCGGGAUUAUCGUGACAGGCGAGAAGGCUCUUAUGAUAGGGCACGAAGGCGCCGCGAGGACUCUACUGACUCUUGGCCCCGUAGCAGAGGUGAUGACAAUCGUGGAAACCGCCCGAACAGAGCCGAUAAUGCUAGCACCAGCGAGGUAAGAAGUCUCAAUUCUGCAUCAGAACAGCGCACUGAUUUAAAAUUGCAGGCUCCGAAAGCCCCUGGCCCACCUGCGCAGACUGAGGCCGAUAAGAAGGCUGAAAGGCUAGCUAAACUAGAAGCAUGGAAGAAGAAAAUGGCAGAGGACAAGGAGCGUAAGGAAAAGGAUCUUGCGGCUGGGGGAACGCGAAAGCUUCUAGAUGACAUAGACCAGAAAUCGAAUGGAUCUCCUGCGGUUGCUUCUCCAGCAUCACCCGAGACUCCCAAAAGCAUUGCAUCUCCAGUUCCUUACGCAGGGAAGUUCGAUCCGAAAGCCAUUGCAAAAAAGGCCGUGGCAAAUUCUACAAGCACUAGUACUUUGGGGAAGGAUGUACCCUUCAAGGAAUUGACAAAAGCGUCCGCUACCUUGAAUUCUUCGGUGAAAGGUUUACAAGCUGACAAGAAGCCAACAGCUUUCAACAGCAAUUCCACCGGUAUGUGCCCCUUCCCAUUACAAAUCACAAGUUUAGAAGCUAAAACUAUUUCGCAGCAUCGGCAUUACCCAAGGCUAGAGCAAACCUUAGUGCAUUCGGCAUAAGUACAAAACCAACCAAUGAAACAGACAAGUCGUCGUCUAAACGGAAUUUCGAUUUUGGCGAGGAUGAUGAAGGAAGGAAGAAAUUAGAAAAGCUACCGACCCUACCUCUGGCAAACAUAGUAGAUGAGGAUACUGCGCUCGCUAACGAUGUUGAAGGGGAGGAAGACGACGAUGUGGAUAUGGAAGAUGCUGGCACUGAAGAAGAGGCGGCAGCAGCCGCAAGAGCAGCGGCAGAGAAGCGCGAAGAGAGACUUCAAGAACAAAACUCGGCCAGUAUGGUCUCUGAGAUAAAAGAGAGCACUCAGCUACCCACAGAAUCCUCUGGUGAUGUCAAGAUGUCAGACAAUACCAUGAAACAUACCGAGACAACCGCUGAGGAUGACGAUGAAAUUGACCCCCUUGAUGCAUUCAUGGAAGAGAUGGGCGACCCAUUUGCGGCUCCAAAAAAUAGUGGCAUGUUUAACAAGACGCAGAGCACGAGUCGUCAACAAGAGCCCGAGGCAUUGUUCGGAGACGAUGAGCUCGAGUUGAAGACCAUGGACGCAGAUCCAGACGAUAUCCUUGCCAUGGCAAGUAAAUCUAGAAAGAAGAAGGAUCUCCCAACUAUAAACUAUGCGAAAAUGGAUCUUGAGCCCUUCCGCAAGAAUUUCUACACGGAACCUGCUGAACUUGCUGAAAUGACUGAAGCGGAGGUCGCGGAUUUACGCCUGGAACUCGAUGGCAUCAAGGUUUCUGGUACAGAUGUUCCUAAGCCUGUCCAGAAAUGGUCACAGUGUGGGCUCAACGUUCAAUCACUUGAGGUUAUCAGAAAGCUAGGUUAUGAAAGACCAACAGCUAUUCAGAUGCAGGCUAUCCCUGCAAUCAUGUCCGGUAGAGAUGUCAUUGGUGUCGCAAAAACAGGAUCUGGUAAGACCAUUGCCUUUAUGCUACCCAUUUUUCGACACAUUCGGGACCAAAGACCACUGGAAGGGUCCGAUGGACCAAUCGGUUUGAUCAUGACCCCCACGCGAGAGCUGGCAACUCAAAUUCAUCGAGAGUGUAAACCAUUUUUGAAGGCCAUGGGACUUCGAGCUGUUUGUGCUUACGGGGGAGCCCCCAUCAAAGAUCAGAUUGCCGACUUGAAAAGAGGCGCUGAGAUCAUCGUCUGCACGCCGGGUCGUAUGAUAGACUUACUGGCAGCAAACUCCGGGCGAGUAACAAAUCUUCGCCGUGUCACCUAUGUCGUAUUGGAUGAAGCCGACCGAAUGUUUGACAUGGGUUUCGAGCCUCAAGUAAUGAAGAUCUUUGCAAACAUUCGGCCCAACAGACAAACCAUUCUUUUCUCAGCAACAAUGCCCCGUAUUAUGGACGCCUUGGCCAAAAAGACGCUCAAUUCCCCCGUUGAAAUAACAGUGGGUGGAAGAAGUGUCGUUGCGCCUGAGAUCACUCAGAUUGUCGAGGUUCGAGAAGAGAAAGAGAAAUUCCAUCGUCUACUGGAAUUAUUGGGAGAACUGUACGACAAAGACGAAGACGCUCGUACUCUCAUUUUCGUGGACCGUCAAGAGAAAGCUGACGACUUGUUGAAAGAUCUUAUGCGGAAGGGUUAUCCGUGCAUGUCCAUUCAUGGAGGAAAGGAUCAGAUCGAUCGCGAUUCUACUAUUGAUGACUUCAAAGCCGGAGUCAUACCCAUCAUGAUUGCUACGUCCGUGGCUGCUCGGGGGUUAGAUGUGAAGCAGCUCAAGCUUGUAGUAAACUUUGAUGCGCCGAAUCAUUUGGAAGAUUACGUCCAUAGAGCCGGUCGAACCGGAAGAGCUGGUAAUACAGGAACUGCCGUCACAUUUGUCACUGAAGAUCAGGAACAGUUUUCGGUCGGAAUCGCGAAAGCCUUGGAGCAAUCUGGUCAACCACUACCCGAACGGCUCAACGAGAUGCGAAAAUCUUUCCGCGACAAAGUCAAGAGUGGUAAAUCUAAAGAUAGCUCAGGCUUUGGCGGUAAAGGCCUGGAGCGUCUUGAUGCUGAGCGUGAAGCCGCGAGAAAUCGUGAGCGAAAAACGCACAAGACCGACGGUGACGAUGAUGACGAUAAAGAGGAGAAGACAGGCGAUGAUGAUGUUGUUCUCAAAGCUGCAUCAACAGUGCAACCUGCCACUGCAGCGGUCCCGUCACAGCAACUGUUUGGCGUGCCCAAGGGCAUUGAUUUAGAUGGUAAGAUUACUGUGCACCGAACUGAACCUGCUGCCUCAUCUGGCGGGUCUAAGAACCCUCUCGACAAAGUUACAUCAGCUAUCGAUGCCAUUAAUGCUCGACUCAACAAGACAGGGCAACUACGAUCCGGAGUACCGAUUGAUAACAAAGGACCCGAUGCUGGUGCUUUCCAUGCAACAUUGGAAAUCAAUGACUUCCCACAGAAAGCAAGAUGGGCCGUUACCAACCGCACCAAUGUGGCUAAGAUUCUGGAAGCAACCGGUACUUCCAUCACAACCAAAGGAAGCUUUUAUCCCGCCGGAAAGGAAGUACAAGCAGGUGGUGAUCCCAAGUUAUACAUUCUUGUUGAGGGAGAUACUGAGGUCGUGGUAACUAAUGCCAUGAGAGAAUUGAUGAGAUUACUGAAGGAGGGUACCAUGGCAGCGGCUGAUGCUGAAGGCAGAGCACCAGCUAGUGGUAGAUACAACGUGGUUUAG